GUGCCUUUCGACGCAUGCGCACUUCGCUCAGCGGGGGCGGGGCCACGCGCCUCGGAGCCAUGAGGCUCGCAGGCUCCCGGCUCUCGGGAUUCUUGUUGCUGCUCCGAGGAGGAAUAGGAGGAUUCCGCGGGGUCCCAAAGCGAGCCAUUUCCCUGGAGAAUGAGGACGGCAGCAGCAGCAGGUCCGAGGAGGUGUCCGAAGCCCUCCUGUCCCUGUGUCGGAGGAGGCACUUCCUCCAGGACGAGGACGCCGCCACCUGGGGCUCUUACCUGAGGGGAAACCACCGCGGCUUCGGGCCCCUCGGGGUGGCGCUGAGGCAGAACAUGGCGGCGCAGUGGUGGGGGUCGGAGGCCGCCUCGAGGGAGCGCGUGCUGGGCCUGGGCGCCAGGGCCUCGCGCCGUCCCAGCGCCGCCUCGCCAGAAGGGGCCCUCCGAGCAGUGGCCCCCGCAGCCCUUCGCCAAGCCACAGCAGAGGGAGAGGAAGCCCUCCAGAAGAUGCUGGCCGCCUCAGACACGCUGCGUGAGGACCUCCUGGAUGGAGUCCUAGAACAUUAUGUUGAAUGCCUGGAAUUGGUAAACAAGAGGCUGCCUUUUGGGGCUGCGCAAAUAGGAACGUGUUUCCAUGCAGUCACCACAAAUGAAAAAGAGAAUCAUGUGAGAACAGGUGAAAGGACGAUGUCCACCCUGGUGUGGUACAGCUCUGGCAGAACUGCUGGACAGUGGCUUGACUACUGGUUACGUCAGCGCCUUCAGUGGUGGAGAAAAUUUGCAAUAUGUCCAUCCAACUUCAGCAGUAGUGAUCAUCAUGAUGAAGAAGGAAGGAGAGGAAGCAAUCUGUAUUACAGCUUUCCAUGGGGAAAGGAACUGAUAGAAACUCUGCGGAGCCUAGGAGAUAAUGAGUUGUUGAAAAUGUAUCCAGGAAAAGAAUCACAACUACAUGGUCGAGAUGGGAGGAAGAGUAUGGUCCCCCAUAUCCUGUCUGUGAAUGGCAAUUUGGACAUUGGAGUGUUAGCUUAUCUUUUUGAUGGCUUCCAGUUGGGUGAAAAUGCUUUAACCCGAAAGAAAGCGCAGCAGAGAAAGGUACUUAAGCUGCAUCCAUCUCUGACACCUAUCAAAGUAGCACUAGAUGUGGCAAGAGGCCCAACAACAGAGUUGAGACAGGUGUGCCAGGGAUUGUUCAGUGAACUGUUAGAAAAUGGGAUUUCUGUUUGGCCUGGAUAUCUGGAAACCAUGCCGUUGACAUUGGAGCAGCUGUAUACAAAAUACGAUGAAAUGAGUAUUCUCUUCACCAUCCUGGUCAGUGAAGCUACACUAGAGAAUGGAGUUGUCCAACUGAGGAACAGGAACACUACCAUGAAAGAAAUGAUGCAUAUAUCUAGAUUAAAGGACUUCUUAACCAAGUACAUUUCAGCAGCUAAAAAUGUCUGAGUGAUAAUAAAGGCCAUUUUGUAUUUUCCUUUCAA